CAUCAAGACUCAAGACACCAAGACACCAAACGUGACCAAAGCACAUACCAUAUACAUCCCCUACACAAGGGCCCGACUCUCAUUCAACCGUCCAACACACUUCACGACCACACAACCAAAACCGCCAUGCCUGCCUCGAAGCGCACACUCAUUGCCGCAUCGGCCUUGGCAACACUCACUUGCCUCUUUGUCUUUAACGGCGUCUUCCCAACAGUCGCCGUACAGGAUGUCACAGACGCAGCCCGAGUAUUUGAACAAGACGCGCUUGCAGCCUACCAUCAGGCCCUUGUAUACAGCACGCCAGAGACACAUCUCCCAAGCUACCCGACACGUAGCAACGGACGUAAACAAGUGCCGAUGCACAGAAACCCACGUCCACCUGUCUGGGAUGAGCUGCCGGUUCGUAUGGAUGCAGACCCGCUUUCUCCCUCUGCAGCUCAAGAGACCAUCCCUGUCAAUCCACUCCCUUCACCCACUGCUGUUGCGCCGCUGCAAAGUGAGCCGAGUGCGUUGCAAGAAGACAGACAAAUACUACACUCUGCAGAGGAGGUCACUGCGCCAUUCAGCAAUAACGAAGCGGCGGAAGCAUCAGGGCCUCGCGAUUCAACGGUCGUGUACAACGUUACACCAGAGGAUCUUGAGGAUUUCGUCGCUAUGGCGGGUGAAGGCGCCAGCUUUGCCUUUUGAAAGGAUUUCAUCAACCAACGAUAACACACAACAAACAUGGCCUUAGAAGCCCAUACGUUCACUACACCGACAAUCAUUUGCAUAGGCACUAGACCAUAUAGACUUUACUAAUCCUAAUCAUCCUUACAAAAGGACAAAUACCAAAAGCAGCAGGACAAGCGAGUCGUCGAUUGUCCGUGAGACGGAAGCGGCGGCACCAUUGGAGCGAGUCGUGCUCCCUUGAGAGAAUCCGCCGACCCCAUUUUGCGAGCUUGCU